ACUACUGCAGACGAUGGCGAAAUCAUGUCACUGGGUUUGGAAGACGUACUUGAUGAUACGUAGGUUAGAUUGUUAAAAAACUGGAUACAAAUCUUCAGCCUGGCGGCCAGAGAUGGGUCAGAACCACAGCUCAACAUUCUCUGGAAGGCGGAAGUCUCUACGAAGAUCUCUGCGCUCACCCUUCCCUCGGAGAUCACACACCAACCACUCACUCAGUGCUACGUUCAAUUAUUUGGAUCCUGAUGUUAAGGGUGACCAGUUGAAUGUGAACACGGCAACGGCUGAAGAGCUGAUGACUCUGCCAGGUGUGACACGUACAAUCGCACAGAACAUUGUAGACUACCGGCAGGCCAUCGGGCGCUAUAACAAGGUGGAGGACUUGGCGCUGGUCACUGGUGUGGGAGCGGAGAAGCUGAGCAUUAUCCGACCGGAGAUCUGUGUCCACCGCCGCAAGACAAACAGUAACGCCUCAUCACGUGCUCAGUCACUUGACAGUCUGGCCAGCAGUGAGGGCUCCCCCCGUCCCCCUCCACCAGUUGAUGUAAACUCUGCUAACGUGUUCUCGCUGAUGACGCUGCGCGGUGUGUCUCAGGAGCUGGCUGCCAACAUCGUAGACUACCGAGAGCGUCGUGGACCCUUCAACACUGCAGAUGACCUUCUCAAGGUGAGGGGAAUGAACAGCUGGCUACUGAGCAACAUGUGUAGUCACAAUCAGGUGGUUGUGGGGCCACUGCCACCUGGCACUCCAGUGCCGGUCAACAAGAAACUGAGUCUGGCACUCCUCAAUGGCACUUCCCUCUCCAGGUUCACUGAUCGGAAACCACAAAUGAAUGGAUUCAUGCCGGUGAAGGACAUUUUUGAGCUUUUGUGUGCGUACUCUCAGAGGCCAUAUGUAGAUGAAGCAUUUCAUAAUGAGCGUGAUGGACGCGCAGCACUUCGCUUGGCUUCCUGGAACUUGACUACGUUCACUGUGGAGAAGGCGGACAACCCUGGUGUGCGUGAGGUUAUAUGUCGCACUGUCCUGGAGCAGAGAUUUUCAUUGGUAGCAAUCCAAGAAGUGAUGGACGCUGUUGCUCUUGAAAAGUUGGUGUCAGAGCUGAAUGAGCCUCGGCUGAGGCGGAUGGUGGAGUGGAAGGGGAGGAGAGGCAAGUGGAAGUGUUCCACAACACUCUCAGCUGACAAGAAACGGAGUUGUGGAUUUCUGUACGACUCCGACACAGGCCUUGUUCUGAAGGAUGUGGAAGUGGUUCAUGAUGAUGGUGCUGUUUUCGCUGUGCUAGCACAUUUUGAGGUGGAAGGUGCCAGUGUGACUUUGGUGAACAUGCACCUGUCGUCUGCUAGCACCAAGAUAAGAGAUCAGUGCAGGCGGCUGUUGUCCCAGUCAGAACCUGACAUCGCCAUCGGAGACUUCUCCUCAUAUCCUGAUGCUGAUUUUGUGGAGGAAGGCUACACCAGAGUAUUGUUAGCUCCCACGGUUACAAACAGCAUGGCUCCAGGCUCCAGUGGUACCAACUUCAUGGACAACAUUUAUUUGAACAAGCGUUCGCUCUCCAGAUAUACAGGAGUGUCUGGAAUCGUGCGACAAGGGCUGAACCACGUGGCCAUCCCUCGGGGCUGGAUGUGGGGAGGCCCUGCGAGCGAACAUUGUCCAGUCUGGUGCGAGCUCUACACUUGAACACCCCAUGGGGCAAGUCUGCGACAACACUUGGGGCCCUGAUGGGGCCACUCUGCACGGGUCUUCCUCUGACUACACGGUGCACUUCACACUCACUCUCGGCCGGACCCACUCAGGCGCAGUUGGGUUCGGCCACAACGUAUAUCGUAGCUUAUCCAAUGUACAGCAUAUCAUCUGCCCUCAGUCCUUGCAAGCUGAUCAGAGUAGCCUGCCAAAUACUUCAGUAGUAUUGUACUUACCUCUACACCUCUCAACUUAUGAGUUAUGUUAAUUUUGUUUGUUAAAUAUAUAACAAGUACCUACACUGUUAUAAUUUAUGAAUAUUUUAAAAUUUAAUAUAAUGAAUCUAUAUAUUUGUUUAGAUUAGUCUAUAUAUUUUGUCAAUUACUAUUCUAUUUAUAUUUAAUUUAUACUUAUUAUUCACUAGUUACUUAAUUGUCUGUGAGAUGUAUGUAAAUGUAACCCUAUGUAUGUUAAAUUGUCCAAUCCUCAUACCCUUUUAUUGCCAAAUGAAUGGCACAAACUUCCCAAUCAUAAUAUAACCCUCCAAAAUGGGUGUUACGAGCUUUCAAUGUUGUAACAACCCAUGUUCUGUCUAGUUACCAAAUGUAAAGUCGGUGCAUAUCUUGUUCACAGCAAGACAUUCGAUUUGUGGUCUUCGUUUUUUAAUUACUCGUAGCUUUACUAGGUACCCUGAAUUUUCUUAGAAAUGUCGAACUUGAAUAGUUGUAAUCAGAGUAAUGGUUCUGAUACUGUCCGUACUUCAUUGUCUUUCACCGAGAUCCUUAAAACUGCUGUAGUUUGGAGAAAAGUGGUGAGUUGUAACCGUAACACUUAACCUUGCAAUCACCAGUGUAACCGCAGUAAACAACAACAGUUAGAUGUACAGAUAAAUAUGAUUUCAGUAAUUGUAGCAUGUUUGUAUAUUGUAUGUUUCUCUCUAGCUUCAAAUUAGUAUGAUAGCAGAAAGUCUACAUUCAAUUAAUAGUCCACUAUUUUUACUCUGUUAUGCCAUGAAACUCAAUAUUUCUUCAAGUUUUGGUUAAUUGGAACAAUUUGGUUAGAUUUGUAUGAAAGAUUUAUUAAAAUUUUACAUUAGAACGUUUCUUUAGUGUUACUUUCCAAGAGCACAAUCUUUCCCUUAACUGGAAAGCUCCAAAUCAGAAAUCAGAACUCAUGACCAAACUCAUAAUGUUGGUCCUUUAGUCAAUUCUGCGGUCUUAAGCCUCAAUUGCUUUUGAUAAAUUCAUAAAUAAUUUUAUUAAGUACAAAAAAUUUAAUAUUCUUUCAAUCUUUUAAAAAGUUGAAUUCUUCAGUUUUUAAAUUCUUACCCUCAAUUAAUUAAUUAUUGAAAAUAACCACAACAAUAUUUAUAUUCUAUGUUUUUGAUUCCUGUUUAAUCACUGUUCUAUUGAUUAAUGGCAUUUGACCUUUGGAAAGAAUUAGUUAGCCAUAGAU